CAGUUAUAUACAACACAGAGAAUGUAAAAUUCCAGUUCUAUUAAUUUCAUUUUUAACUUAACUUCUUUAAUUUUUUUUCUCAAAUAUAAACCGAUUAAAAAUGCAGGAUUUAAAUAAAACAGGAGAAGUAUCUUUUUGAUCUAUAAAAUCAACGGGACGUAUACGCAUCGCACUGUUCAUCCCACUCACAAUGAUCAGACUAUCCGCAGGUGGAAGGAUGCCCGCAACACGAGCGCAAGCGCAUGUCCAGCGACCUUGCAAUCAAUGCCGCGCGUCCACCUCGUCCAGUCUUCAACGGAACCUGUCAUUGCAAACAUGGAAAACUCACAGGACAAACGUGCGGUGUCACCGAACGCGAAUUAUCAACGAGAUAUACGAUACAUCUUCAAGCCCGGUAACUGGAUACUCGGCUCGAUCGGCAUCUGGCCUAUCGCGAUCCGUGGACUCGGACGACAUGUGCCGAAGAUCGCGAUCGUGAUAUGUAAUCUCGCAUUAGCCUUCGCGAUAAUACCCUGCGUUCUGCACAUGCUCUAUGAUCAAAAGGACCUCAACAUAAGAUUGAAACUCUUUGGAUUGUUAGGCUUCUGCACUACCGCGAUGAUGAAAUAUUGCGUUCUCGUGAUACGUCGACCUAAAAUAUUGCAAUGCAUCGAGCACGUGAAGAAUGACUGGUGGCAGACAAAAUUCAACUCCGAUCGCGAAUUGAUGCUGAAGUACGCCACUACUGGUCGUAGACUAGCCAUGAUCAGCGCGACUUCCAUGUACAUCGCCGGCUUCAUUUAUCACUUGGUUCUACCAUUCUGUAUCGAGCACAAGAUCGACAACCAAACCAUUAGACCACUCGUGUAUCCGACUUACAGUAAGUUUUUUAACACGCAGAUGAGCCCGAUAUACGAAAUGGUAUAUUUGGCCCACUGCGUGUGCGGAUACACUAUGUAUUCAGUGACGACCGGAUCGUGCGGAUUGGCAGCGAUAUUUGCUACUCAUGCCUGUGGUCAGAUUGAGGUGAUCAUAUCUCGACUUGAAAAUCUUACGCAUGACGAAAACAUCGAGCAACUUUCGGACGUUAAUCAACGAAUCGCUCUUAUCGUAAAAAGUCACGUUCGAAUAUUAAGAUUUUCCGCCGCCGUGGAAGAAAUUCUACAGGAAGUAUGUUUACUGGAAUUCACCAGUUCCAUAUUUACAAUGUGUUUGCCCGAAUAUUACUGCAUAGUGGACUGGCAAGAUAGCGAUACGGUAGGACUAACAACAUACUUUUUGCUCUUUGUUUCAUUCUGCUUUAAUAUGUAUAUAUUAUGUUACAUUGGAGAACAACUCGUAGAAAAGAGCAGUCAAAUUGGUACGAGAUGCUUCAUGAUCCGUUGGUAUCAACUACCGGCAAAGUCAAUUCGAAGUUUAGUCUUAGUAAUCGCUAUGUCUAGUCAUCCUAUAAAAAUCAGUGCUGGCAGAAUGAUAGAUUUAUCAUUGGCGACAUUCGGAAAUGUGCUCAAAACAAGUCUGGCAUACUUGAGUUUGCUUCGAACGUUAGUAGUGUGAAUAUAACAAGAAUAUUGGCAAAUGCGCAAAGAGCGUAAUAUAAAAAAUGUGACGUCUCUAUCAUAAAAUUCUCAUAGAUAAAAAAAAAUGAAGCACAGCUGUAUCAGCUGAUUACUGGUGAUCUUUACCGAUUGCUGGUUAAAUUUUUGCUGUCAAAGCAGAGAGGCACAAAUCAACAAUGGUGCUUUCCACAAACAACAAAAUGUGACCAGAAUAUACUCAUAAUGAAUAAAUCUCAAAUAUAACUAUAUAAUAAUUCGUGUAAAUAAAUAAUCAUUGUGACCGCUUGUAUGAGAGUGUACGUAAUGUAUUAGUGACUAUAUUCCAGUCUU